UUUGACCGGGACUGUAGUGAUGUUAGCUACUGUUUUGUAAUAUCUAUGGAAAUGCAAUACAUUAGAUAAUAAUUAGCAAACAAAAUAAGCAAAUAAAUGAAUAGACGCUGCUGGGAAGCUAUUUGCAACUACUGAAAUUUAUCUAGGUUUUUUUGAACGGAGCUACGUCAGUGAACAGGAAGAGAAUGCCAGUGGCAGGUGCUACCCAGGCUAUGCAAGACUGGCUGCGCUCUACAUGGCACAUCCAGGUGCCCCAGACAUGGCUAGAUGCCUGUGUUGAAUGGGUAACAGAGGAGGCAGGUGGUGUGGUCUUGCCUCAAGCCCAGCUCAACCAGCAAGUCCUGGACCAGUGGCUUCUCACAGACCUCCGUGACUUAGCUCAUCCCCUCCUUCCUGCUGGCAUUUCUGAGGCUGAGAAGAUGGAACUGAAUGGUUGUCACUGUCUCCAGGUAGACUCGCUUCUGGAUGUUAGCCAGCCAGCCUAUUCUCAGCUCCAGCGUCUCCGUGGCUCCGAUUGCUCUAACGAGGAAGUCACAGCCGUAACGCAAGCCACCCAGAGACCAUGGGAGGCAAAGCCAACUCGAAUGUUGAUGCUACAGCUCACUGAUGGCGUUCAGAACCUGGAGGGCAUUGAGUACCGACCUAUUCCAGCUCUCACUGCCAACCUCCCCCCAGGCACCAAGCUGCAGGUGGUGGGAAGGGUGAUGGUACGUCUGGGGGUGCUGCUGCUCAAACCAGAGAAUGUGAAGGUUCUUGGUGGAGAAGUGGAGGAGCUGAUGAAGGCGUAUUCUCAGAGCAGGGUGCUCUGCAGGACCUUAGGGUUGCCUGAGGAAAACCAUGAGCAAGAAGUACAAGAUCAAGAGAAUCAGCAAGGAGCAAGAAUCGAGGGAACCCUGGAUAGCGGAUAUGAGAGCGUUCCAAGCAGCCUGAAUUCGCAUAUGAUUAGCAGAAGUGAGCCUUGUCAGUUAGAGAGUUCUAGAUUAAGCACCCUUGAAGUGACACCCAUUUCUAGACAGAGUGGGCCAGAUGUAACUGAUAUUCCAGAUGAGGACUUUGAUAACAUUCCAGAUGACUUCAUGGAUUAUCCAGAGGACAUUGGCAGCAUUCCAGAAGCCUCUGACCAGGGGCCAGGAGAACAGAGCAACGAUCCAGAUGACUUCAAUAAUGGACCAGAGGACUUUGAUGACAUUCCAAUGGAGGAACUAGAUGACAUGAUGUCACCUACCGAUCCCGAAAUCUUACACAGCAGUGGUCCUGUGGAAAUUGGAGGAACAUAUCAACAGGAUGUGUCCAGUUCAGACAACAUACGAACAGAUGGUCAACUUAACCAACCCCAAGCAUCAAAUCAUCUUGGUUUACCCUCCAAAGCUCAUCUCGGUGAGGCAAAUCCAAUUGAAAUUAUUGAAAUUGAUGCAGAUGACAACCUCUCCUCUUUCCCAGAAACUAAGAUAGCCAGAUAUGAAUCCAGAUCACAGUUUCCUGUAAAGAACUGCAGCAAAAAAUCUGAUCUAACAAUCCCCAACCAACUCCGAGCAUCAAAUCCUCUUGAUUUCUACUCCAACGCUCUUCUCAAUGAGGCAAAUCCAGUUGAAAUUAUUGAAGUUGAUGGAGAUGAUGACGACUUCACUUCCCCAGAACCAAAGAUGGCCAGAUAUGAACCUGCACACAACUGCAGCAAAAAAGCAGACACAUCAAUCCUCAACUACCUUUGUGUUUUGAAGGCUGGUGUUUGGCCACCCCAUAGUACUCAAGUAGUGCGGCUGCAUGCCUUUAUAGUCACUCUGCUGGGGAGCCUGCGCAGCAGUGGAGGGGAAUGGAAAGUCAGGGCCACCAUAUCGGACGGAACUGGAUACCUGGAUGUGGAUCUGUCUGACAGUUUGCUGGUGAAUCUGAUUGGCUUCUCAGCAGCAGAGUCUAAAGUUCUACGGAAGGACCCAGCAAAGCGUGGUGUGCUGGACGCUGGGAUACAGAACUGUCAGAGGGAGCUGGUGGAUAUGUGCUGUGUGAUGAGUGUGCAGAUAGAUCCGAAUGGGACAGGUACGGUGCUGAGAGUUGAUCCACUGACUGACAGAGAGUUCUGUGAAAUACAGAAGAGGGUGACAGACAGGAGAUCAUAACGCAUGCGCUGCUGUUGUUUUUUUUUUUUUUAAAUCUGUUAUCCUAAAAAUGUUAUUGUUGCUAUCGAAUGAAAGUAGGCAGUAGGGUCAGUUAGCAUUGUGAGACUUAAAUAGCGAUAACUGAACGAUUGAAUGAAAAGCAUUAAAGUGAUAAUAAAAUAUUCCAUCUGUUUUUAUUUUCUUUUCAUGCCUGUUGUAUGAUAUAAAAUUGAGACAUUUGCAUUUUAGGAGUUGCUUUCCAAAAUAAUCAUUCAAAUACAUUUGCUGAACUCUAAAGUGCUAAUCCUAUCACAAUUCAGAACUUUCUGAAA